CCCGCCGGCUCGGCUCAGCUCACAGUCCUCGCGGCGCCCGGCGUUCCUGCUGCUCUUUGCCUGGCUUUCGAGAAUUAAGCGUUAAGUACCACGUGGUAUCGAACCCAGUGCCUCAUCCGUGCUAGAUUUAGCCACCUGGAACUAUGAGUGAAUGGAUGAAGAAAAGCCCCUUAGAAUGGCAAGACUACGUUUACAAAGAAGUCAGAGUGAUAGCCAGUGAGAAGAAGGAGUAUAAAGGAUGGCUUUUAACUACAGAUCCAGUCUCUGCCAAUAUUGUCCUUGUGAACUUCCUUGAAGAUGGCAGCUUGUCUGUGACUGGAAUUAUGGGACAUUCUGUGCAAACUGUUGAAAUUGUGAAUGAAGGGGACCAUGGAGUAAGAGAGAAACUGAUGCAUUUGUUCAUGUCUGGAGACUGUAAAGCUUACAGCCCUGAAGAUCUGGAAGAGAGAAAGAAUAGCCUAAAGAAGUGGCUUGAGAAGAAUCACAUCCCCAUCACUGAACAGGGAGAUUCACGAAGGACUCUCUGUGUGGCUGGGGUCUUGACUAUAGAUCCACCAUAUGGUCCAGAAAAUUGUAGCAGCUCUAAUGAGAUUAUUCUGUCCCGGGUUCAGGAUCUUAUUCAAGGACAUCUUGUAGCUUCCCAGUGAGAGGUCAAGAACUGUGGAUACACUAAUUGAAACCGACUUCAUGUUUUUGUUCUGUCAUGGUAUGUUUUGAAUUUAAGUCCAUCAUAUUGUGGGACUUCAAAAGUAUAUGAGUGUUGUGUUCAUUUAUGUGUAUAAUUUUUUGUUAUUUUGGCAAAAUCAAAAGAGUGAAUUGUGAAUGCUAAUUUUGUUGGGAAAUAAAUGAACUAAUUGGUAUAAGGAUA